AAGCGGUGGUGUCUUUGAACCUCCUCUGCUCUAAGUGAGCAUCCUUCCUCUCUGUUUCAGAGAAUUCCUGCAUCCUCCACUCGCCGACUUUUCUUUGAAAAGCCCCUUUCUCACCUCCAACGCUGGAGCGCCUGCGUUGUGACGGGGGUGCCGCGCACGUUGUUGGGAGACGUUCCCCUUCGGCUUCUCGCCCGUCGCGCGCUGGAGUCGCUUUCCGGAAUAAACGCGACCGUCUGGCGGCAUUUUGCGCCGCAGGGGCUGAAGGCGCGCGUCCAGGCGCCGUGAAAUGAUCCGCUGCGGAGCGAGGAACCCCCCGCGCCCGCGCCGUGGACCGUUCCGCCUCGUCCAGGCUGGGUGACAGCAGCGCACAGCGCCAGACGGACCAGAGUGGGUAGCGUGGAACGCAGCGGGGCGCACGGCUGAGGACUCUGUGCGGCGCAACUCCAACACAAAUGGAUAUUUACGUGGCUUUGUUAUACCUUUUCCUUUUUACCAAACCAGCUUCGGCUCUAGGAUCAGAUCCAGAAUACCAGAUCGACAUCAUCAACGAACUUGACCUGGCAAAUGCCACCUAUGGAAUUACCCAAGUCGCGGGGCUCCACAACAGCAGCAAAGCCUUCCUGUUCCGAGAUGUGGGCAGAGCGGUUCACACCCCGGCACACGUCACGGACAAAGUGGUGCAGCUGUUCAGGAGCAAGAGCGAGUUUACCUUCCUGGCCUCCAUCCAGCAGAAGUCCUCCACAUCAGGAGUCAUAUUCUCCAUCCACGAGUCAGAACACAGCUACUUUGAACUGGAGAGCAGCGGCGUGAGGGAGGAGAUCCGCUACCACUACCGCUUCAAGGGCAAACCUCGCUCCGAGUCCUUCCCCUACCGCCUCGCCGACGGCCAGUGGCACAAGGUCGCGCUCACCAUCAGCGCCUCCCACCUGCUGCUGCACGUCGACUGUAACAGGAUUUACGAGCGGGUGAUAGACCCUCCUCAGAUGGAGCUGACCCCGGGCAGCGGAGUGUGGCUCGGCCAGCACAGCCACAAGCACGGCCUCUUCAAGGGCGUCAUCCAGGAUGUGAAGCUGAUUUUCGCCCCCAACGGAUACAUCGCCCAGUGUCCCAACCUUAAUCGCACCUGUCCGACCUGCAGCGAUUUCCUGAACCUGGUGCAAGGCAUCAUGGACCUUCAGGAGCUACUGGCCAAAAUGACCCUGAAGUUGAACUACGCCGAGUCCAGACUGACCCAGCUGGAAGGCUGCCACUGCGAGCGGACCUGCAGCGCCAACGGGCUGGUGUACCGGGACAAGGAGCUGUGGGUGGAGCCGGAGAACUGCAGGAACUGUGCCUGUAAGAACGGUGUUGUGGAGUGUCGCAGGAUUUUCUGUCAUCCAGCAAACUGCUCCGAGGACUCGCUGCCUGUACACGUAGAAGGGACGUGCUGCAAGAAAUGCAGACCAAAAUGCACCUACAUGGGCCAGACGUUUUCUGAAGGCCAGCACUUUUUAUCCAGGAGCUGCAGGGAAUGCAAGAACGGCCUCAUGGUGAAGGCGACGGAGACGUGUCCGGAGCUCAACUGCACCGUCAACGAACAGAUCCUACCAGACGGGAGAUGCUGCAACGUGUGCAGAGGUUAUGACUUCUGCGCAGAGGGACUUAUUUGUGGAGAAAACUCGGAGUGUAAAAACCGGAAUACUAAAGCAGAGUGUGAAUGCAAGAGCGGCUAUGCCUCCAUCCACGGGGAUUCCACGUACUGCGAAGAUAUCGACGAGUGUGCAACGCAGAUGCAUUACUGCCAGUCGAACACGGUGUGCGUCAACCUGCCCGGCAGCCAUCGCUGUGACUGUCUACCAGGCUUCAUCAGGGUGGACGAGUACUCCUGCACCGAGCACGACGAGUGCGCCAGCGGGCAGAAUAUGUGUGAUGAGAACGCCAUCUGCACCAACACCAUCAGAGGACACCUGUGCACCUGCAAGCCGGGCUAUGUGGGCAACGGCACCGUCUGCAGAGCGUUCUGCGAGGACGGGUGCCGGAGCGGAGGGACCUGUGUGUCUCCCAACACGUGUGUGUGUCCCUCGGGCUUCACGGGCCGGCGCUGUGAGACAGACAUCGACGAGUGCGCAGAGGGCCUGAUCGAGUGCCACAACCACUCCCGCUGUGUCAACCUGCCCGGCUGGUACCACUGUGAAUGCAGAGGUGGUUUCCAUGACAAUGGCUCCUAUUUGCUCGACGGGAGCUCCUGCAUUGAUAUCGAUGAGUGCACUUUGCAGACGCACACCUGCUGGAACGACAGCGUGUGUGUGAACCUCCCAGGAGGCUACGACUGCGUGUGCACGUCUGGUCCAGGCUGCAGCGGCGACUGCCCACAGGAAGACGGGUUGAGGCGCAACGGAGAGGACUGGAAGCCCGGCUUCGACCGCUGCGCCAUAUGCUCCUGCAAGGAUGGACAGACCUACUGCAGGAGGAGACCCUGCGACUGCGGAGACCCUGAGGAGGACCUCUUCUGCUGCCCGAGCUGUGACAACAGGCCCAGCAGCCACUGCCUGGACCAAAGCGGACGCACGCUCUACCGCAGCGGCGCGUCCUGGAUGUACGGCUGCCAGCAGUGCCGCUGCAUGGAGGGCGAGGUGGACUGCUGGCCCCUGGCGUGCCCCGUGGUGGCGUGCGAGUUCACGGCGGUGGCGGAGGGCGAGUGCUGCCCGCGCUGCGUCUCGGACCCCUGCCUGGCCGACAACCUGUCGCACGACAUCCGGCAGACGUGCCAGGACCCCGCGGGCGCCGCCCGCCUCAGCGGAGACACGUGGCACGUGCCCGGCUCGCCCUGCACCACCUGCAAGUGCAAGAACGGGAACGUCUGCUGCUCCGUGGACCUGGACUGCCUCCAGAACAACUAACGCUCUCGUCCGCUCGUCCUCCUCCUCCUUCCAUCCUCCUCUCCUCCUCCGUUCACUGCGGGACUGCCACCACCACCCCCUCCGAGCGGCGCCUCCACCGUUCACGGCGGAGCCGCGCACCCACGCGGUCGCGCCUCGCGUGCCCUGAAAAGGCCGACACACACUGGACAGAGCGAGGUGCGGAGGCUGCGCCUCCUCGCCGCAGCUCUGUCCACUAGCAGUCAGUGUUUGUUGUUGUGGCUCCGGAGGAGACGGGGGCAGCUGCCGCUCUCACCACAGUCACUGUGUCGUGUACGUGUGUUUUUAUUGUCACCGUCCCAUUUCACCGCGCGUCCCGACGAGACGCGUGACAGACGUUGCGGGUGAGGCUUCCAUCCAGAGAAGGCGCCACAGCUGGACAGAUGUUGGGCUCCAGCUGCGUGUCACACCAAACAGCCUCACUGCUGCUGGGGCGCCGGCGGGAGGCUGUCACAACCGAGAGCAAAGCAUCUUCUUCCGUGUUGUGUUUCACUCAAACUCCUGCGAAAGCGAAGUCAGUUCAGCGCCGACGACUCGGGUUCAGCUCAGAGCUCAGGACCAAAUGCUCCCAUUAGCAUCUGAUUUUCAUCCUAAGGUUUUUUUUUUGCUCAAUCAUCUAAUCGUUUAAAAUAACAGUAAUUAACUCACUUCAUGAGGCAACAGAAAGGGACAAAUAUACAGAUGAGGAGAGACGCACACGCAGCUUUCUAGAGGAGCAUCAAUAUAAAACAAUGUCAAUAUUCCCAAUGGUCCUAUUUAUUUCUUUAUAUAUUGAUCUUUCAUUGUUUUUAUUUUACGGCCGUCUCCCCGUCACCGAUCAUUUGCUUUAUCUCACACUGUGAAGGAGCCACUUUGUGAAGUCUGUUUCUACAUAAGCACUGUCAGACAAUUGUCCAUCAUCUUUCAGAUAAGUAACAAUGACGGAGGCGUCACAUAAGCAUAGAUCACUAUAAUGUGUGAGAGACAGCUGCGUAUAGAUUACGUAUAAUAAGAGCUGCUCACAAAUGGAUCACACCUUCCUGUUCUCUGUUCUUCACCUUGACGCACACACUGCGUGACGAGUACAAGAAGUAACGUGGCAGUUAAGGGCAUUUCUACUUCUACUUAAGGGGACGUGAGAAUGAAAAUGGGCAUGUUUUCCGGUCUUAUUUCAUAUCUGUCUUUUACACACACAGUUCUGUGAUUAUUAAAGCCCAGAGCGUGGAUACGUUUGGCCCCAGGACGUGCUCUCGAUCCAACUUUAAUCAUUGAAGUAGUUGUACAGUGUGUAAUUGUAGCUCAACUAUAAGUUACAGUAGUUCUGUGCUUCUACAGCAGUGCAGUUUAUUUUUGAAUGUACUGGACCUGUGCCCUACGACAGAAACCACUAGUAUCACUGGUGCCAGACUGAGUCUGUCAUCAGAAUACAUCAAUGUAAUGCGACCUGCUUUUGACCAAAACAACCAAAUCUGUCAGUGCUGAGCUCAGGAGCCACCGACCAUUAAUAGCAGUCAGCUGUUCGUGUUCAUGAAGGCAGUGGUUGCAGCUUGAAUUGAAAUGUUAUCCUGCUUCUUUGUUCUAUUUCUACUAUUCAUUUUUGCUAAGAGACUCAAACAUCUGACUAAAAGGGAAAGGUCAUGACUGAUGCGUUUCCUUUCAUAAUGACCAUUUCUGACACACAGCUCUGCAGCCCGGACGCGGCCCGUCGCUCUGAGCGUCUCUGAGGAGGCAGCGUCUCCUGAGCGUGACCAUUAUCCCCAUUUGCACGAUUCAGUGUGUCUCACAGAGUCUAUGAUGGAUUCUGCUCCAUGUUUGAAUGUGGCUGUGCAUAAUGGGCAUUAUCACCGCCCUCACACGCUUUCAGGUCCUUUAUUUUGGGGCAUCUGGUCCAACUGAUGGGACAGAGCUCUGCCCUGAGACCAGCUAACACGUCUCUCCUCAGCGCCUCCUUUUUGAUCAGGCCGACUGCUAACGCAGGUCUCCUGUAGCCACAGUCGCAUCAAACCUGAGCAAGCAGCAGAAUGAUGCACGGCCCAAUCCUGCAGCAGGAACAAGCAUCCACCACAGCUGCUGAUUGAACCCGAGCUCGCAGCGGGCCGGGCCGGGCCUCCUCCACCAUAUGGUGCAGAGAGGAAUAAAAAGGAGGAAACAGGAGUGUGUGGAUAAUUAACGCCGUCACAGACUUGGAUCUGUAUGCCAGGAGGUCGCGGGUGUCAGGCUGUUUACACAUGGCCGGCUUAUUAAGGCGGGAGAGUCCGGCGCUCGCUGCCCUGUCCCCUCCUGCUCCUCCACCAGCCUCCAGCUUGUCUUCAGAGCUCUAACGAUUCCCUCAAGUGUCGUUCUUAUCGCCGUGUCCAUCACUCUCGUUUUUUUUCCCCCGCAACACCAGAAACCAGGGGGAAUUUCUAACACAGUUUCAAAAUUUUGUGAAACGUAGACGUUGUGAGGAGAGGAUUUAUUGGUUUAACUCUAAAAUCAUUACCUGAAAAAUAUGACUUGCCAGAAGUUCUACAGUAAAACUUUUAUAACAUUAGAUGGAAUAUUAGAGGAGCUAGAGGACAGCCAGCAGUUUUUUAAAAGUUAUUCCACAGGUUGAGAUUCAGUUUGUUUGCUCCUUCAUUUAAUUUUGUAAAGUACAGAGAGAAAUUGCUUGAAACACAAUUGAUACAAAACUUUCGAAGCCAUUUCUGAGCGUUUUGUUCCGGACAAACUUAAGGAGGGUUUUCUGUGAGCGUUUCCAGCCACUGGCUCCAGUCUAGAACCCACACAGACGUCCUGUCAUCAGUACAUCUCCAUUACAACAUUACUAUAGAAAAGUACAGGACUAUAGGUCGUCCUGCACUGGGAGCAAUGCUAUAUGGUAUGAGGUGGGUGAAGGGAGAACCGGUGUCAGAGGUGACCUUGGUCUUUGCAGUUGAAAGUAAAUGUCUGUGUCAUUUCCUUUGUGCCGGCCUUCUGCUGUUUAAUGUCAAACUAGUUUGUGUUUCUGCUCUCACACAGUCGUCAAACAGAAAGAUGCGAAAACAUGGCGGCCAUUUCACAAAGCUUUGGCCAAAGGUGAUUCUCAUUCUCUCUGGAGGAGACCCUGUUAUGCAACAAGGCGUGCCACAGAACCACCCAGAACUCUCUGACCCGCCUGAGCAUUUCUGUCCACUCUCCUCCACUCUCGUUCCUCCUGUGAAACUAAUUGUUGACUGUGCAAACGCACGCACACAAAAGCUAGACGUACGCGGUAUCUGUGCCCAUCCACGUUUAUCACAGCAAUCAGAAGCAAACAUUUGUACAAAGGGUCACUGAAAACGAGCUUUUCAGGUCGUUCACAGAUGUGUUAAUUAAUUUGAUAUGGAAUAUAAUGACUGUAAAACACUAUUUGCAAGUUAGUGUGCAAAUGUUUUUACAUAUGAUACAAUUAUACAGGUUUUUAAUUCUGAUGUGUUCAUUAAUAAUGUUAUUUUUUUGUGAACCCGUUUUUGUUGAGUUCGGUUCUGUUCUGCUGUAAAUACUCUGUAAAGUGAAGGGUUCUGUAAAGAAAGUAAGACAAUGUGAAUAAUUCUCAGUACACAGUUUCUUAGGACCUGAGCGUUGUAAGUUGAGUUUGAGAGAGAAGCAACAUUUCUAUUGUUUUUACUAUUCCUUUAUUUUUGUAUUCUUGCCUUAACCCUUUUAGUAUCUGUCAUAGUUUAAUGUGCCCACUGUAUUAGGACAGUAAUACUGACUGAACUAGCUAUGUAUGUACAGUACAGAUCUCUGACACGUGUCCUCACUAAAAGCAUCAUCAGAGCCGCGUUGAGCAUAAACCAGCGUCUGUUGCAGGUGAUAAAGUUUGGAGAGACUUUUCAUCUCGCUAACAUCUGUUUCCAUUUUUUCUACACAUCUGUAUGAACUAAAUAAAAAAAAGUCUCUUCGAGAGAACCAGACAAAAUAAAAACUAUGUACACAUGUAAAAAAUAUCUAAUGUUGAAAAUGACAAUGUUGUUCUUGAUUUAGUUCUUACAAAAAAGAGCAAGCCAUUGUGUUUCUCCUUCAGUGUCUGACUUUUUAAAAGAAGCAGUUUGGGACUUUCUAGAUCCGGAUGUGCUUGUUCAUGUUUUUGAUAGAGGACCACAGUGGAGGAAUCCCCAGGUCCGUUCAUUGUUACUUCUCCAGAUCAAAGUGGCCAACCUAAUUGUACUCAAAGGGUUAAGUGUCAUUUGACUUGAAGAUUGUGUCGUGAUAAAAGUUUGCUGUAAAAAAAACCUUCAGUUAAUAAAUAUUUUAGUUGUUUA